AUGCAUUCCAUUUAUGCUCUACCUUGCUUCUCUGCAACUCAAAUGACAUUGCUUAAUUUCUUCGGCUUUGCAGUGAGCGAUUUACCAAUUCACAAGGAAGGUGAAAGAGGCGCUGAUAUUGAAGAGAUGGUUUUUUCCACCGAAAACAGGACAGAGAUAACCUCUCGGAAACUACUGCAGUUUGCUGAUUAUGGGAACAUUAGCCGUAUAGGCAGAGCUUGUUCAAAGAAUUAUAUAAGGAUAUAUCAAAGCCCAAUGCCUCCUCUUCCUAGUGGAAUUCCUGCGUACAAUGUUGAAAUCACGAACAUGUGCCCAAGUGAUUGCAGCAUAGCAAAUAUUCAUCUUCACUGUGGAUGGUUCAGUUCAGCACGUUUGAUAAACCCGAGAGUGUUUAAGAGACUUGGAUACGAUGAUUGCCUUGUCAAUAAUGGACAGGCCCUUGGCGCCGGAAGAAUCAUCUCCUUUCAGUAUGCCACCACAUUCUCCUACCCUCUCUCUGUUUCAUCUGUUGUUUGCCUCUGA